AUGGCGAUGGUGGUGAUGAUCCAGGUGUUGAAUAUUUCGGCUCCCCCUGAGCAGCUGUUGGCGGAGUCUGAGCCGCUGCUAGCGGCCAGGUGGGCGCAUGCGCCGCUGCUUCCCGGGGCCCUGCGGCUUGUACGGCACCUAGCAGCGUGCGGAGUACCCUUUGCCAUCGCCACCAGCACCCCCCGGGCCACGUUUGCCGCCAAAAUGAGCUUGAAAACGGAACUGCGGGAGCUGCUGGUGGCUAAGGGCAAGCCGUACCCCGACGUGUUUCUGGAGGCCGCCAAGCGGUUGAAUGUGGUUCCGGAGCGGUGCCUAGUGCUUGAGGAUGCGCCCAGCGGGGUGGAGGGCGCCACGGCUGCUGGUAUGCGCGUGGUAGUGGUACCCUCGCUGGUUGGUACGGGCACGGGUACGGCAACCAACGAGUACGGCGCUGCCGACCCGAGCGCCGCCACUGGCGUCGUGGAGGUGCUGCCCUCCCUGUUGGCCUUCUCUCCGGCGGCCUACGGCCUACCGCCCUUCACAGACUUGCUGCCACCACCUACACCAGCACCCCCAGCAGCAUCCCCCUCAGCCCCGAGGGGCCCCGAGGGGCCCUUAGAUGAAGCGGACGGGGCUCCUGUGCGGAUCGGAGGGCAUCUGGGUGACGCGGUGAUCCCCAUGGACCGGGUGAUUCGGAUCCGGGGCAAGGUGGUCAAGGGCUUCGGACGGGGCUCCAAGGUGAAGCAGUGGGCGCUGGGAGGGGAGGGAGCAGACCUGGGUAUUCCCACGGCCAAUGUGGACCCGGAGGCGGUCGCGGCGGCACUGGCGGAGGCGGUGACCGGCAUCUAUGCGGGCUGGGCGAGGGUGGGGAACAGACCAGAGGUGCACAAGACGGUUCUGAGCAUUGGCUGGAACCCCUUCUUUGGGAAUAAGGAGAAGACCUUGGAGCCCUGGAUCUUGCAUUCCUUCGACGAGCCUUUCUACGGCGAGACUCUGUCUCUGGUGAUCUGCGGCUACGUUCGCCCCGAGGCCAACUUCAGCAGUUUGGAGGCGCUGAUCGCCCGGAUCCAUGCGGAUGCGGAGGUCAGUCGCGCAGCUCUGGACUGGCCCCCCCUGGCAGGGCUGCGGGAGGACCCCUUCCUGACCCAGCUGCAGCUGCCCUCCAUAGAAGCGGGGGUGCUGGCGGUGGAGGCCCUACUCUUUUGGCGCAACCCCAAGGAUAGCGGUGUCGUUUUCGGUGGCGCAACGGCUGCUUUCCUCGCGUAUGUACUGAACCCGUUCUCAGCAAGCACAAUCAUCUGCUAUGCUGUUGCCAUCGCGUCGCUGGCAACUUUCCUUUGGGCCCAGAUGGGCAACAUCGUCGGCAGGUCCGGCCCACCAGUGCCGGCCUUGCUCACGCGUGGGCUCAGUGAGGAUGAGGCCCGCAAGUUUACUGAUGCGGCUCUCCCAGUUCUCAACAAAGCGCUCGCUACGAUUGGUGUUCUGGCGUCGGGCAAGGAUCUGAAGCUUUCGCUUUUGGUGGUUGGCGGUGCAUACAGCGCAGCUCGUGUGUUUGCCGCCAUCAGCCCCGUCACGCUUGUGUACGUCGUGGUAUUGAUUGCUUUUACGGCCCCCAAGAUUUACGAGCUGAAGCAGGAUGAGAUCGAUAAGGUGCUGGCUACCGUCAAGUCCAAGGUGAACGAGCUCACUGCCAAGUUCAGCGAGGUGGUUAGCAAGAUUCCGAAGGCAUCGGGUCCAAAGAAGGCGCAGUAAAGAGGGCAAUGGCUGCACGUGCAUUACUUGACCUAGCGACAGAAUGACGCUGAACUCUGACGCCCCAGACAAGUCGCAUUGGCGCCGGUUGGAGCCGGCACGCAGCAUGUAAGGGUGCUGACCAAGUCAUGUAUAACUUUUGGAACGCAAGAUGUCCAACAGCAUUGCCUUGUACGGGGUACUGAAGGAACUUGCGUUGUAUGCGCUUUGUGAAAUUGUCGUCUGUUGGACAUACGAUAGCAGGACGGCUGGGCCAUGCGGCGAUGCUCUGAUUAAACCUGGACUUGGAAUGCAAUGUUCUUUGGAUUGCAUGCCGCCACCUAACCUUUGCUGCAGUUUGCUCGUUAUUACUGUGCGGGUUCCUAGCUGUCACGCCAUCGGCCGCUUGCUGUGGGCCCGCACUUUGCAUUUGCUUGUGUUCUCUGGUUACAACGUGUUUUCGGUGAAGCGGUAGUGCAGGGUGAAAAGGGCCUUCACCAAUAGUGAUAAGAAUGUGUCCGAGUGAGUAACACGGGCGGGAGUCCGGCUUAGGACGUCAAUUCGUUUGAUCACUUCAGUCCCAACGUUUGCAACACCAGUGGUACGUCCGCGAGCGAGUCCAGCACUAUUACUGCUCUAUCGGGGGCGACAGCUUCUAGCUGCUCCCGGCUGUAGAUUCCUGUAGCCACUCCGAUUGG